AGGUGGGAGUUCUCCCUUGAGGAGGCGCCGGACGGCACCAGCCUGGUGCUGGAGGUGGCGGUGGGCCGCUUCCUGGACACCUCCCUCAUACAAACCGACCUGCAACCCACGUACGUGCGGCUGCUGAUCAAGGGCAAGCUGCUGCAGCUGCUACUGCCCUGCGAGGUGCGGCCGGAUGGAGCCAGGGCGCAGAGGAACAUGACCACAGGU